AUGGUUCAACAGUUCGCAGCAGCUUCAAAAAUUCCUCGUGCAUCAGGUAGUAAUAUAAGCCGCGCGUCGUUCAUCGAGCUUGGACGGCAUAAAGAGCCUUAUCGGUUCACGGUAGGUACGACCGACAUCGUUGUUUGUCGGCUUGACCGACUUUCCCCGCUCAAGAGAGGAAGGAUUCUUCUAGAUGUCGACCUCGAUUAUUUCUCCCGAUAUCGCGAUUCUGGUAACGAUGGAGACUGGUCGGAACCGUCGAUAGAACCUUUCGACAUAGUUUCUGAUCUCCGUGCGCGAAUUUCAGAUCCCGAGAUAACGACUGUGGCAUUGUCGUGGCACGGCGGCUAUGUGCCAAACAAUCUGCUAGUCAGGAUUAUUCCGAUUUGUAAUGAUGCAGAAAAUCUUCAAAAAAGAGAGGUGUGGGGUGGAUUUGACCGUCAACCUACAAGCUCAUAUCUCGAAUAUACCUGGGCUUGUGGUCUGCUGCACCGUAAACGCCCUGCGGAAGCAUUGCAAUUCGCGCGUCGUGCCGUCGAUGCAGAUCCGGAAGUCGGGGCCCAUCAUUAUGCGAUAUCCCUUGGUGCAGCUGGCGUUGGUGAUCUUGCCAGUGCCGCUGCAGCGCGAGAUCGAUGCCUGUCUUGUGGCACUAUAGAGUCUGCGCAAGUUCUUAACGACUUUGCAGGAAUUUCUGUGCGAAUGGGCGACAUUCAAGGUGCGCUUGUUCUGCAGGAGAAGGCAUUUGCAGUUGAUCAGGCUGAGAGUCCAAUUGUUUCCGCCAAUCUGAUGUCGUUAUAUGCUCAAACCGGAAAUUGGGAUCGCGCCAAGGAUCUAGCACAGAUUACGAUUGAGUGGCAGCCGUUCAACCCCGAAGCCUUCGUUGUAUUGGCUACGACAGCACAGUAUAACGGCGGUAAUAUUAGUGCGGCUGAAAUGUGGGAACUUGCGGCUGAGAUUACACUCGAUGAUCGGCAGAAAGCUUCUUAUCGUCGUCGUAGCGCGAGGUUUCGUUCGUAUCGAAAGGAUUCUAAUCAUGUGUGA